AGAUUCUAUUUGCUUAAUAAUAGGCCUACGCUUAUAAUCAAUUACUGUUAUUGUAGAGUUUGGAACCAAAAUCUACUUGAUCAUAAUUUACUGAUUCUGUCCAAUACAAUUCAGGUUUCCAGAGGAGGCGAGAUGUCGUUGAAGGUAGUUGUGUUGUUGUGUUCGGUAUAUGUAUUAGCGUGGGGCCAAAAUAAGUGCUGCUUGCCAAAACAGUACCAAGGUUCCUCAGGUCUGACAAUAGCGAAUGUUGGCGGCUUAAAUACAACCACGGCUGUUGGUACUUUAUCAAAGGGGAUAUCCACGUACGCGUACGACUAUACCAACAAGAGGGACGCAACCAUCAGUAAUAUAAACGUUACAACGUCAGUGGGAACAUUUCCUGUCACUCAGCAUACUAUUACCGAUUACAAGAAGUCGAUAAGAUGGGUAAUUACUGACAAAAAUUGCACCGCAGAAGCUGUUGACAGAAACAUGAGUUCUCCAUGCAUUCCAGAUAAUGCAACGUACAUUGGAGAAAUGGUUAUAGGGGGAGUCUUGCAGGCAGAUCAAUGGCGCUACACAAUAAACGGAGGCAUGAACGCCAGCAUGACAGUCACCAAUACUUGUAUUCCAAUCGACUUAACUAUAUAUUCCUAUAAUACAGAUGGUAUGAUGCUGGAAUCAAUCACAUUGGCUGACUUCAUGCCCAAAAUUCUCGCACCGCACACGUUUUUUAACGUUCCAAAAAAUUGUCCUCAGAAACCACCUGCCUCUCAGAAGACAUCUAAUUCAGAGAUCAAAUUUCCUCGUUUUUCAUUCUCUCGAUGGUAAAACGACGUGCACUGAUUUUCCUGAAGAUGCUUCUGCAAUGAUAGCCUAACAUUGAAGGCACACUUUUUGAGUCCAGUCAAAGAUGCUGUCAUGACAUGGCUUUCUCCGGUAGUCAGUUGUUCUUGAGCCCAACAAAUAAUUAGUCAAUUUUCAAUGAUUUAACAAAAAAAAAAUUAUAAUAUCUCGAGGGCCAAAUUUUGUUGUUAGUUCCGGGGUUGAAAACCAUGAAUUUAAAUAAAUUUUGUAAAUUUUCGACUUCAAUAAAUCAGAGUGAACAGUAGCCAGAUUUCAAAAUAGCAUUUUAUUUACAACAAACAACGAAUACUGUGUUCUCAUGAACUUAAAAACAAUCUCUUUACAAUGUACAAACUAUAAUUAUAUCAAUGCGUAUUAAAUUCUUCACUUAUAAAAUA